GUCGACAGUUUUCAUUGUUGAAGUUUGGACUGCAUUAUUCAUCAAAGCAGAAAGCAGAUUAACUCUAAGCCCAAAUUUAUAGUAUCUUUAGUCCCUUAAAUAGCUUUUAUUGUGUUUUUUUAUCAUCAGAGUCACAAAUUUUUUGUUCUGUUUUUCAGAUCUUUCUGUCAGAGUCGUGCAGACUUUCUUUCUACCAACUAAUCUAUCUUUGUCAUCAACCUGUUCUUUCUUUAACCAACCUUCAUCAUGCGUGAAUGUAUCUCUAUCCAUGUCGGCCAAGCUGGAGUUCAAAUGGGAAAUGCUUGUUGGGAGUUGUACUGUCUGGAACACGGAAUCCAACCAGAUGGACAGAUGCCAAGCGACAAGACAGUCGGAGGAGGCGAUGAUUCCUUCAACACCUUUUUCAGCGAGACAGGUGCUGGGAAACAUGUCCCAAGAGCUGUUUUUGUGGACUUGGAACCAACAGUUGUUGACGAGGUUCGGACUGGAACCUACAGGCAACUGUUUCAUCCAGAGCAAUUGAUUACUGGAAAAGAGGAUGCGGCUAACAACUAUGCGAGAGGUCACUACACUGUCGGCAAAGAGAUGAUUGAUAUCGUUCUAGACCGACUACGAAAGCUUGCUGACAACUGCACUGGGCUUCAAGGCUUUCUCGUCUUCCACUCGUUCGGAGGAGGUACGGGAUCUGGGUUCACUUCCCUGCUGAUGGAACGUUUAUCAGUGGAUUACGGAAAGAAGUCUAAGCUGGAGUUCGCGGUUUAUCCAGCCCCUCAGAUCGCAUCUGCUGUCGUAGAACCCUAUAACUCAAUUUUGACAACGCAUACUACUCUGGAACACUCCGACUGCGCGUUCAUGGUUGACAACGAGGCCAUCUACGAUAUUUGCCGAAGAAACUUGGACGUAGACCGACCUACGUACACCAACUUGAACCGAUUGAUUGGCCAAAUUGUCUCUUCGAUUACCGCUUCGCUCAGAUUUGACGGUGCUUUGAACGUCGACUUGACCGAGUUUCAGACGAACCUGGUGCCCUACCCUCGAAUCCACUUUCCAUUGGCAACGUAUGCCCCUGUGAUCUCAGCUGAGAAGGCUUACCACGAGCAAUUGACGGUAUCUGAGAUAACCAACUCUUGCUUCGAACCAGCGAACCAGAUGGUAAAAUGCGACCCUCGGCACGGAAAGUACAUGGCUUGCUGUCUGCUCUUCCGAGGAGAUGUUGUGCCGAAGGACGUCAAUGCCGCGAUUGCGACAAUCAAGACUAAGAGGUCCAUCCAGUUUGUCGACUGGUGUCCUACUGGAUUCAAGGUUGGCAUCAACUACCAGCCCCCGACUGUUGUUCCCGGAGGUGACUUGGCCAAGGUGCAGAGAGCGGUUUGCAUGUUGAGCAACACCACCGCCAUCGCCGAGGCGUGGGCUCGACUGGACCACAAGUUUGACCUGAUGUAUGCGAAGAGAGCGUUCGUCCACUGGUACGUCGGUGAGGGAAUGGAGGAAGGGGAGUUUUCUGAGGCCAGGGAGGAUCUGGCUGCUCUGGAGAAGGACUACGAAGAAGUCGGAGUGGAUUCGGUCGAAGAGGGUGGAGAGGAAGACGGUGAAGAGUUCUAAAAAAAUAGGACUACAAAGGAACCAAGUAGAUGAUUUGCGGCGGAAUAUAACUAAUCCAUGAAUUGUCGAAAGUUCUGUAUUUGAACUGCUAGUUAAAGUAAACAAAUGUGUCAAAAUUGAAAAUGACUUCUACCUUUUGAAAUGAUUACUGAUAUGCGGCUAAGAUUACUAUAAUUAUGCAUGUCUAUGAUUGAUUUGGAUCUGAUUUGAUUUGGAUUUUGUAACUGUUGGGCUUUUAAGUUGCUGCAAUGUAAGAAGCUGUGCUUUUGAUACUGUGCAAUACAAAGAAACUAAAAUAUUA